CGUUUAUGAAACGUUCAGAGGCGACGUGACGUGCACGUGUUAUUGCCGCGCCGCUGCGCAUGCGCGCUGUGUUCGGCCCGGUGCGUGUGAAUGAUGGCGGCGUAUGUGCAAAUACUGAAGAACGAGUUUCCACAGAUCGACUCCGAACUCUUCGAUUAUAUCACUGGCGUGUUGGACAGCGGCGGCUCAGAUUUCGAGGAUGGAGAGGAAGUGUUUGAUGCCAUCGGCGACGUUCUGCAAGACGUCGGAGACAAGAAUGAAGACGACAUCCGGAAAAUCUGCUUCCAGAUGUUCAACACACUCCAGCUCACUAGAUGUGACUCUGGACAGCAGCAGGUGUUGCUGGAGGCUCCAGUGCAGUUAUCACAGGUGUCUGCUGACGCAGGAUCAACUGCUAACGAUGUUCAUGGGAUCUGGAUGCUGAAGAGGAAUCCCAAUACAACUGUGGAUGCCAAGAAACUCGAGAAAGCUGAAGCCAAACUGAAAGCCAAGCAUGAGCGCAGGAACGAGAAAGACUCGCAGAAAUCCUCACCGUCUCCACUGGUCCUGGAGGAGGCCUCAGCCAGUCAGGCGAGCAGUAAGAAAGAAAACCGCGUCGAUUCGUCCGGGAAGAAUCGAAGUUACGACAUCCGCAUCGAGAACUUCGACGUGUCUUUUGGGGAGAGGUGUCUGCUGCAGGGUGCAGAGCUGUCUCUGGCCAGCGGGAGGCGCUACGGUCUCAUCGGGAGGAACGGGCUCGGGAAGACCACUCUGCUGAAGAUGCUGGCGAGCCGCAGCCUGCGAGUCCCUCUGCACAUCUCUAUUCUGCACGUGGAGCAGGAAGUGGCCGGAGACGACACCGUGGCCCUGCAGAGCGUCCUAGAGAGCGACACGGUUCGAGAGGAGCUGCUGAAGGAGGAGCGCACGCUCAACGCACACAUCGCCAACGGAACUGCGGAUGGAUUAGAAAGUGUUCGUCUUUCGGAAAUUUAUGCGAAACUGGAAGAAAUCGAAGCGGAUAAAGCGCCGGCCAGAGCAUCUGUGAUUCUCGCUGGUUUAGGCUUUUCGGCCGCAAUGCAACAGCAAACAACCAAGGAGUUUUCUGGAGGCUGGAGGAUGAGGUUAGCUUUAGCAAGAGCCCUGUUUGCACGGCCUGAUCUGCUGUUACUCGAUGAGCCCACAAACAUGUUGGACGUCCGAGCCAUUCUGUGGCUGGAAAACUAUUUACAAACGUGGCAGUCCACCAUCCUCGUGGUGUCUCACGACCGUAACUUCUUGAACGCGGUGGUGACGGACAUCAUACACCUGCACUCGCAGCGGCUGGAGAGCUACCGCGGAGACUACGAGAACUUCAUCAAGACGAAAGAAGACCGACUGAAGAACCAGCAGAGAGAAUAUGAAGCUCAGUUACAGUACAGAGAACAUAUACAGGUGUUUAUUGACCGGUUCAGAUAUAAUGCCAACAGAGCCGCUCAAGUGCAGAGCAAACUCAAGCUGCUGGAGAAACUGCCUGAACUCAAGCCCUUAGUCAAGGAGUCUGAAGCCGUCUUACGUUUCCCGGAUAACUUUGAGAAGCUGUCUCCUCCGAUCCUGCAGCUGGAUGAGGUGGAGUUCGGCUACAAUCCUGACCAGCGAAUCUUCAAUGGCCUCAGCGUCUCGGCUGAUCUGGAGUCUCGCAUUUGCAUCGUGGGUGAGAAUGGAGCUGGUAAAUCCACUGUACUGAAGCUGCUGAUGGGAGAGCUGACGCCUGUCAAUGGCACCAGAUACGCUCACAGAAACUUGAAGAUCGGUUAUUUCAGCCAGCAUCACGUGGAUCAGCUGGAUCUGAAUGUCUGCUCAAUAGAACUGCUGCUCAAAAGAUUCCCUGGUCACACAGAGGAGGAGUACCGUCAUCAGCUGGGAGGGUAUGGCAUCACCGGGGAGCUGGCCACGCGGCCCGUCGCCAGUCUGUCAGGAGGACAGAAGAGUCGUGUGGCUUUCGCUCAGAUGACCAUGCCCUGCCCCAACUUCUACAUUCUGGACGAGCCGACGAAUCAUCUGGACAUGGAGACGAUUGAAGCCUUGGGAAAAGCCCUCAACAAGUUCAGAGGCGGUGUGGUUCUGGUGUCCCACGACGAGCGCCUGAUCCGGAUGGUUUGUAAGGAGCUCUGGGUGUGCGAGGCGGGGCGAGUUCACCGCGUGGACGGAGGCUUUGACGAGUACAAGGAUAUCUUGCAGGAACAGUUUCGUCGGGAGGGAUACUUGUGAUGGGGAUGCACCGAAAAUGCCAUCUGAUGAGAGCGUCUGUAGUCCCAUUCAACUUCAAGCUCCCUAAAUCAUGCGGCUCAGACGCGUCCUGCGGGUUCACGGCCGGACGCUCCCCGAACUGUUGUGUAGAUGACAUGUAUUAAAGAUGAUGUAAGAAAGGUGAAGCAGACAUAUGCACUAACAGAUGUUAUACUCCAAACCGCUUUUAAAAGAUCACCAACAUACGGUAAUAAAAAGAAAAACUGUCCAACGUUUUUAA